AUGCUGCGCGUUCGGAUGAUGUCCGGCGGAGACGUUGCGGCACUGCCUCUGGAAGAGCUCGGCGACGCUCUCGGCUUGACGGAGCAGCCGGACCGGCCGGUUCGGUCCUUGAAGCGUCGUCUGGAACGUCAAUGUGGACAGCCGAGAUUCCGGCAACGGCUGUUGUGUGAGAAUGGAGCAGUUUUACAGGACGACGCCCCUCUGGAGGGACACGCAGAGCUGCAAUUAGUUCUUCUAGACUUGGGCCAGACGUCGCAAGAUCAGGCAGCGGAGCUCAUCGUCGCAGCCGACGACAACAACACCUCAAAGGUCGAGAUCCUGUUGCAGAGACCCCAGGAUCCCAACUUGGCGGUCCGUGGCCACACUCCGCUCUUCUGCGCUGCGUUUCGGGGCCACCUGCAGGUCGUCAGCCUCUUGCUGGAGGCCUCUGCCGACGCAGACAAGCCCAGAUAUGAUGAUGGAGCAACGCCCUUGUUCGUGGCGUGUCAGUACGGACACCUGGAGGUUGUUCAGACCUUGCUGCAGAUGAGAGCUGACCAGGACAGGGAUGUGAAAGACGGUCCGACGCCCUUGAUUAUUGCCUGCCAGAGCAAUUUUGUGGAUGUGGUGCGGCUUCUGCUUGCCGCCCUGGCUGACAGCAACAAAGCCGACCCCAUUGGCGGCACCCCUUUGUCCAUGGCCUCUGCACUCGGCUGUCUGGAGAUCCUCGGGCUGCUGCUAGAGGCCAAUGCUGACAAGGAUAGGCCUCAGCGCGAUGGCAUGACGCCGUUGUUCUUCGCUUGUCAAGGCAAUGAUGCUGAAGUUGUUCGCAUUCUUUUGGAUGCACGUGCUGAUAAGGACAAGGCAUGCCACGACGGCGCAACCCCUUUGUCAGUGGCACGCCAGAAGCGGCAUGAGGAUGUCGUUCGCCUGUUGCAGGUGGCGUGCGACAAGGCCUGA